GGGGACAACGUUUCAAAUCCUUUCAAACCUCUGAAGGAGGGGCUCCUUUUGUGAACAUAUCUCUAUAAACCGCACCUCCUUCAAGAAUUCGCAACAUUUUUCAUCGAUACAUUCUACCCAAAGGUACUGGUUGAUUCGUUCUAUGAUGGAAGGCUACACUAUACUCUCGCUUCUUCUCUGCCUCAGUGUGCCAAGUGCAUUAGCUAAUGAUGUGGUGCGACUUGUCGGAGGUAGCUCCGCCAGUCAAGGUCGAGUCGAGGUCUAUUAUGAUGGGUCAUGGGGCACAGUAUGCAACCGUUAUUGGGAGCUGAAGGACGCUAAUGUAGUGUGCAGGCAGUUGGGCUUCCCUGGAGCUGACAGCCAAAUCACAGAUGCCCAGGUCUUCGGCGCAGGCUCAGGAGUGGUCCACCUUGACGGUGUGGAGUGCGAGGGCUACGAAGCUUCAAUCAUGGACUGUCCAAGGUCCGCAUUCGGGGAUGUUUGCUAUCACGACCAGGAUGCCGGAGUGAAGUGUCUCACUAAUAGUUUUAGAGUACGUGAAGAGGAGGAUUUUGAUUUUUAUCAAAGAGAAGACAUGAUGGAAGAGGAGAAAAAAGAAAAGGCGGCUGCUGACGAAGGAUCCGAUGCCAAAAAGGAUGCUGACUUGAUGAAGAAAGACAUCCUUCAGGCCCUAUAUGAUCUCCUGGUCGAACUCGAGGACAAAUAGAUGAUACAAGGCAGCGGACACACUGAACUUGGGGCGGACUGGGAGCUAAGAUAUAUAGAAGCUUUUUUCCUGAACGUUUCGCUGGGCCGUUUUAUUCAAUCACGGUUGGGUCUUGACGUAUAACGUGUGAUCGUUACAGCGGAGUCGAAAAUGACCUCUUAUUUUUCAUACUUUCAACAACUUUUUCCCGUAAAAAUAUAGAAAAAUGAUCUCAUUUGCACAAGAGCUGGUACAAAGAAAGGGCUAUAGAUAAAUCUUUAUGUUUAAAUUAUCGAGUACACAGUCAUAGAAAGUAGCCUCUUCUCGAGAAGAAAAAAACAACUUUUAUACCCAUUUACACGUUUGUGAACAAAAUUAUAUCACCCCUUUUCAUCGAAUUUUAUGCUCUUUAAAAAAAAUAUUAAAACAAAUAAAAAAUAAAAAUAAAAACAAAAUCCCUAUUUUUUUUGGCGAAAUUUCUAAUCAUCAUGUGCCGCACACGAUGUCAAUAUACGAGUAAAAACCACCGCCUAAAGACUCAACAAAUUUUGAAAAAAAGUGUGAUUC